UCAAUUGUAUUACGUCAAUUGUUAAGGCUGACUUUAAUAAACAGAUCAGGUUGCGUCCAGGCUGAGGACGCACUUCAGUCUCUGUUAAUCUAUUUACGUAACGAUGACGAAGUUAAGUUAAACCAUUGUCAUCUGCGAUCUAGCCCGUAAUGAUGCAUUAUGUCGGUCUUAUACAUCCGUAAAAAAGUAUGCAUAAUGGGUCGAUAGCCUCAUUUUCCGAUAAACCAGCAGCACGGGAGAGAACGUAAAGGUCACAGUAGUAGUUCACAUGUUGUGCAACCAAUGAGAGGACGGGAUUGAGAUCUUCUACGAUCAUCUGACGUCACAGAAUACGUUCGAAUAAUUUCAUUGUACACUCCGUGACUCUACCAGUUUUAACGCAGCCAAUCGACUAGGAAGUUACGCUCGUAUUUUGUGCUCAAUUUUGGAGUUGUAUAAUAACGUGAUGGUACUAAAGAAUAUCGAAGAUACAAGAAAGAUGAAUUCGUUUAACUCUGCUCAUCUCUUGCGAGAAUUACUGGUGGAAGCUAGAAGUGAAGGUCGUGUGGCGUGUGGGGUUUAUCAUGCAGCUCAGAUCAUGGAAAAAUGUCCUUCUAGUAUUAUGCUAUGCAUUCUUCCACAAAAUCAUAUGGAUGAUGCCGAAACGCACAUCCAUUCCGUUUUGAUUGAAGCGUUCUGCUUCGAUAAUAAUAUCCGUUUGCUAAAGGUGGAUAGCGAAGAAAAGUUAUCAGAAAUUCUCAACAUUCCUAGAAAUUCAUCUGGAAGAUACAGGCAAUUAGAUUACAGAUGUGUCCUCAUAAAACAUCCAAAAGAAGUAUGCAGCAAAACAGUGGAGAGUUUCAUUCAAUAUUAUAAAGAGAAUUAUAGUGAUGCAUAUCCUCAACCUAUAUUGGAGCUACCAGUGUGAAAUUGUCACUCCUCAAAAGUUGUAUCAAGCAUGUUAUUCCGACAGCUGGAAAGCUGAAAUGAUCCGUAUAUGUUUAUCGGAUUCAAUAAUUGGAUAUAUCUCGCAUCCGAUCCGGCUCAUGUUUGAGCUGUUACGUGCAUGACCACAUGGAGUGAUCGUUUUUAUUCACAUUCUUUGCAACAUGAUGUAUGUCGAUAGUUUCCACCAUUUUGCAAUAUUAUAUAUUAUACAGUGUGCAAAAGAAAUAAUAAUAAAUGUUAUGAUUGCAGUGAUUUCUUGACAAAUUAUUUUUAAAAUUUGUUAAUAUUCCUGCAAUCUGUUCUUUAAGAGUUAAUUGUUAUCAAAAUAUGGAUGUGUAUUUUGUUAAUGACCAUUAUACCAAUUUUAUGGCAGAUAAGUAUAAUGAAGAUAUGUCUGUUAAAAGAAACAAUUUAAUUAUGAUGUUAUUUAUUAAAUUUUUAUAAAUUCUUAAU